AUGUCUAUUCACUUGCUUUCAAGACUCCCAGGGGAGUUACCCGUUUCAAGAAACCUGCUUAAUGCCAUGGGGAGCCUUUUAUCCCCAGAAUUUGAGUAUCUUAACGAGUUUUUGCCAUCUCAUCUAGAUUCGAAAUCAAAUUCUUUGGAUCUAGAUGUUGGACUGAUUUCUUCUAAAGUUGAAUCAAACCUUCCAGUUAGUGAUGAAUUCGAUAGCUUGUUCAGGUAUCUUCUAACCCCAACACUUGUUGGACCAUCUCCAAAUUCAUUUUACUACGAUUAUGUUGCCUGCGCCGACAACAAUGAGUUCUUGGGUAUAUCUGAACCAAUAGCUAGUCAACCUAGAGAAUUCAGUCUUUCUGUGGACGGAAUCAAAGUAACAACCUCUGAAGACGAUACUUUCUUCCAAAAUCUCCUGUCUCCCAAUAGGUCUGAUGCUGUGAGUACUCGUGAACCAGGUGAAACAGUUGUGCAACACCAACUGGAAUUAGCAACAAGGCUGCAGAGUCAUCGGGAGGUUGUAGCACACCAAAAAGCUAGAACUACGACUGGAUCUAAGCCCAGCUCCACAUACAAGGUAGUGAAGCAUAGGCCAAAGGGAUCUAAACAAGCUUGUGUUCCAAUUAAAAUUUCAUACGAGAAACUUAAAUUGACAACAAAGCUUGGAGCUGAACUCUCGGAUUCGUUUGUCGAAACUGUUGAAUCCAGUAUGUCAGCGUCGGUCCGUGCAAUGUUAGCCGAAAGAAAAUUACCAGAGGAGCUUGAAAAUGGUGCCUCAAGGUGUAAGAUUGAUAGACAAGUCUAUGAAAGACCUCUAUUGAUUGAAGAAAUGGAAAAGUUCUGUGGCCAUCCAAAGGUGAGAUAUAUUCGAAACUCAAACUUUGGACGGACUCCCUACGAAGCAGAGUACUACCUGUACCAGGUGGACAAUAAGGGUCAACUGAUCAACCAUACAAGACAUGGUUUGUGUCCAUAUUGUCCAGAAGUCCUGUUCUUCAAGUUGAAGAAUUCUGCCUACGGGAACCAUUUAGGCAACAUUCACGGCAUCCGCACGAACGGGUCCCUUUUUCCAGAUCCAAUUCUCCCAGGAAUCUACUUGAUGGCCAAGAGUGAAUUUGUAGAAACUGAAAGAAAAACUCUAGCCAAAGAGAGAGCUACAGCUGGGGUGAUUUGGGACACUAUCUUCGACAUUACCGAGACAACCAUGUCAAAUGCAAAAGCAGAAGCAAAGGUUGUCGCUCUGGUCGGAGUAAUUUGGAAUAUAAUUAGAAAGACUUUGGUGUUUUUGGUUAUCGUCAACUAG